AUGUCCCUCUCCGGGGCGUGUGACGCCAUCGCCUGUAUUUCAGAUGCCACCACACACACACAAGUUACAGCGAUCGCUAGGCAGUGUGAGCCACACCUUGGCAACGUGCGCGAGGUGCUCGAUGCACUAGAGAACACGCUGUCAACAUCGGCCGGGGUACAGCGGCUGAUGUUGUGGUUUCUCGUGGACCGACUGGCGAAGCAGCACGUGCUUUUCUGUGACGCGCUGCGCCCGAUGAUGAUUCACUUGUGCACCCACUACGGGCCUGCGCGGACCUCGGACGAGUGGCAGGACUUCGUGACUCUCUUGAAGAGCUCGUUGUCGGUCACUUUUGGGCAAACGAUGAUUUCCCUUAUCUUGUUACAGCUCGGUGAAGAGGGGAAGACGAGGGGGUCGGGGAGGGACAGCAACAUCCAGCCUGCACAGCGUAAGCAGCGGAGCAGCACCGCUCUCACAGUGCAUUCGAAGGCCCUCCGCACCACUGGGGCCUUUACGACCAAGGCCAUAGCUGUCGAACGAUCCACUGAGCACAAGCACUUGCUGCAGGUGAAGACGAUGGACAGUCAAAUGGCAAUGAGUGUUUCGAGCAGCUACGCACCAUCCCGCCCCGUUGAGAUUGUCGCGCCAGAAAUGCGCCCCGACGCGAACGCCCCGCGCGGCUUCAUGCAGGCCCUACCAGAGGGCUACAUGGAGAACUACCACGAGGCGCGUCGCAAGCGCCUGCGUGAGAUGAUGGAGCGCAACCGCGAGGAACAAGACCGCAAGCAGGAGCACGAAAUGCUGAAGCGUGUGCGCCAGGACACCGCCGACGCUGCGGCCGGCACGCACUCGGGUACCGGCGUAGUGGGUGGCUGUGCGGAAUGGUCUAGCGUGGCAUACCCGGACUUCGCGGAUAUUCAGAUGCCGUUGGAAUUACCGCGCGACGAGCAUGGGGUGAAGCGCGGCAACUUUCCCCUCGGUGUGCGCUUCAUCCGGGACGCCGUUGCGGCGUGUGGUGGCGCGGUGGAGCUGGAUGUGAUUGUGAGCCGCAUCUCAACGCUGGCGAACAGGGAGGCGGUCGCCGAGUUCGGCAACGUGCGCGAGUUCUUGCUUAUCCACUCUCCGACUUUCCGGCUGGUGAACGAAGAUGGUCAGUGGAUUGUGCGUCUGGCGAACAACAAGAAUGGCGAGGAGGCGACGUGGAAGUCAAUGCAGUGCCCGGCGUGCUCAAAGGUUGUACGCGGCCGUAACUUUGCACGUCACUACAACUGUCGCCGAUGCAUCACGGCCCAGAUCGCGUUAGGUCUGCAGGGAGACGCGGAGGAGCGUGGACCCAUCGCAGAGCUAGCGCACACGGCAAAGCGUGUGUUAUCGUUGCGUGAGGCAUGCGACGACGGAGAUCUUGAUGCCCUCGCUGACUGCCUCGAACGUGCGGCGGCAGUGCGGCGCUUCCGCCUCGGAUCGACGCGGCAGUUUGCACCAAUCAUGAAGGUGAUGCGGGUUGUGCGAGACUGCUGGCUGGCCAAGAAGGGCGUGGAGGAGGUCGUGGACGCGGAGGUAACGGCGGCCGAUGUAUCGGUUGGCAACCUAUUCCGCAUUUUCGGUGAGAACAUUCACCGCCUUCCUAUUGCAUGGAUUGAGAUGGGCGACGUGAUUGACAUGUGUCACCGUUUCACAGACAAGGUGGUGCCUCCCUUCAACCCACCCCCGCGACCGGCGGACCCGCGCAUCAGUCUGCAGAAUGAGUACCCAGGGUUCUUGCUGUGCGAGAGUGAGGUGGACGACGAGGAUUUGCCCAGUGACAACGAAGACGAGUUUUCGGACGACGAGGCCCCGGCCUUCACCUUUGCGCCACCGGUGGAUGUCGCCGAGUCACUCUUCACAGCCGCGUUUGAACGGGACACGAAGCGACUGCAGCACCGAAUGCGAACGGCGCCGCCGAUGGUGCUUCAACGAGUGCUACAAACCGACGGCACACAGACGCAGGCGGAGAUGUACGCGGAAUUCACCAAGACGGUUCACACGCACUCGGGACACCACCAUGGUCCCAAUGGCGGUGGCGGCAACAGCUAUCGUCAUCGUCAUGGUCACAGUGGCGGCGCUGGGAGGGGUGGCGGCGGUGGCUACCAAGGCCGCCACUACGCUCGCCAGCGCCCGAACUGA